AUCACUCCCGACGUCAUGUCCAUCGGCACAUUGUUCGAGACCAGAUUCUCCCUCGCACACCCGGCCAUGACGGCCUACCGUGACAUGUUGGCGCGAGAGCCUAUGUGAGGUUGAAGAAGAUGGCGAGAGUAUCGGAGGAGUUGCUUUCGAGGCUUCACCGUGGAAAAAAUCCGGCGACGUCGGGGUUGGAGACGAGUGAUACGGAGAUCACUAUUAUCGAGUUUGGCGACAAGGAAAAAGGCAAGAAAGACUUUUGGACGGCCUUUGAACCGCAUAAUGUCGAAGAUUAUCCCGAUGAGCCGGCGGAUUACGCCAGUAUCGUUCGUUACAAACGGCCACGGGGUUACCUCGCCGUGGAAAAAGACGAGGACGACUUCCCGGUCUGGAUUGAGUGGAAGCCCAUGGGGAAUCAUGCGGAGGGCUCGAUCGAAGAGAAAGUGGCCGAUUUACGCACGCUUACUCUCGCGGAAAUACUACACCUUCCCAAGCCUAAUUCCCUUCAGCGUGGAGGAGCUCAAACCGAGUCUGUCGUCAUGGCAAAGUCCAAGGAAAGGGAGGAGGCAAAGGCCAGAGAGGAAGUAGACGUAAAGAAGGCAUAG